AUGAUUGGUUGGAGAUGUUUGUGUGAAACUUACACUCUGACAUUUCGCUGUUCUGAGCUGCAGGCCUCUGUUUCAAUUUCCACCAGCAGUUUUGGUUUGAAAGAGGGCAGUUUGAUCAACCCACGCACUCCAAGAAGGGGUAGACUUUACUGGUUGGCUGGUGACUCAACCUCUGCCGCAGUUAGUCACAAACCGCCACCCUUAAACUUGAAUAUAUACCUUCAGCUGAGUUUUAAAAGACUCAAGUGUUUUCUGAACUUUUACUGGUUCCAUCUUUGAGUCCAGUUUCUUCUCAUUGUUUUAGAAGACAUUGAGAGAAGAACACAAAAGCCUCUGUGGCGGUCGGUGACUCGAAAGCUCGACUCAGGAGGUGAUUGGGUGCAGCGGUGACGGAGGAGCAGAGUCAGUGACACAGAGAGAGGGAGGAAACCAGCAAGUAGGUCGCUGAAGGUGCAGAUCGACACCACUCAGAUCAUCAGGGGGGAAAGAAAGAGAGUAGAAGUGAGGGAAGAAGUCUGAAGACAUGGGGAGUGCUUGGGUGGUGUAGGCGCCUCAUGUGGACCAGAUACUGUAGGUGGACCAAAGACCAGCUACAGGCCCCCAAACGUCACCCUUCUUCUGUCCAGUCUGGGACCACCGUCUCUCCUGUCAGUGUGUUUCAGGUGUAGAUGAAACAUGGGUAGCUCCUGGCUCGUCCUGAUUAUGGUGGCCGCCAUCUUCAUCUCCAUGGUCCUCCUGGCUGUGGUGUGUCUGGAUUGCAGAAUGAAAGGCCCUCCUGUCUCCAUCAGCCAAGCAGCCGCUUCAGAUGAAUACAUGCCAUCCACCAACUUUAGAGUAAUCCAUCCAUCCCAGCCGAGUAUCGGACACAUCCCUCCCUCCAACUGGCUGUCACCUUCCUCAUCUUUGGUUGGAACUCAAGGCAGACAGCCAUCCUUCACCGCAACAGAAACCGAAAGUAAUCCAAGUUAUGAGAACCCAGCAGACGGACCUGAUUAUAUAAACGAGAGUGACCAAGACGACCCCGGAUACAUAAUCGUGCUGCCUGAUGGUGAGACUCCUCUGACCAAUCAGAGCCGAGCUUCAACGCCCAGUUCAGACGUUCAACAUGAUUAUGAGAAUAUCCAAAAGAGUCCCAAAGAUGACAGAGACUAUCUGAACGUGGAGCCGCCGCACCCUCAACGAUCCACAUCAGACCUGUCGGUUCUGAGCAGCAGCAGCAGCAGCAGCAGCAGCAGUGACGACGAGGGGAACUAUGUCAAUCAGCCACCGAUGCUCCACAGCGAGCCCAGUGCAUGAUGGGAAGCAGACUCACGAGAGGUUUUCAAAGACUGCCACCCACGUUUAUCUUCCUCCUCAUCUUCCCCCGCUGAACCAAGAAACUGAAGAUGAUGAAUCCUCCGACCACAGAGCAGAAACUCAGCUGAGGGAAAGAAAACGCGUCGUCAGGCAGUCUGUUUGAGGUGUUCCUGUGGGGAACUCUUCGUGCUGGCAGGAAUAUUUACACAGUUUUUAGCAGAAAUGAAAAGCCACAUGUGCACUGAGAUUAUUCUUCAUUAUUCUUACCUGAAAAAAAAAAACCCUUUGAAAUGUGGAGAUAGAUCAGUAUCACUGUCUACGGAUUCCACCUGUUACUCAGGAAACACUAAAUUCAUAUCCAUAAUAAGAACAGUUGUCAGCCGCUCAGCUAACAACAAGAAGUCUUUCCUGAUGACAUGAACAGUCCUUCUCUUCAAAGAUUAUUAAACUCUGUCGUUUUGUUACCUGAUAGGUUUUCCUUCUUUUGUUAAAACCCCUCCUCGUGUCUUUUUUAUCAUGUUUGAUGCUUUACUGACAACUCCUGAGAAUGUCUACCUUCACUGUUUUACAGUGUGUUUGUGUGUGUGUGUCGUCUCUGUAGUCUGCCUGUGUGAACUAGAAAGUGUUAAGUUACUACAACUCAAUUAAACCAUAACAUUUUAUACUCUCUGA